AGAGUUGCGAAGAUACGCUAUCUUAAAAAAAAAAAAAAAUCAAAACAAACAACUCUGGGAAAUAAGUGAGUGGCUGGAUGCCACUUUAUAUCUGUACAUAACCAGUCCAGAGUGUUUGUCUCAGAUAGAGACCUUCAUCAUGUCGAAUAUGGAGAAACACUUGUUUAACCUCAAGUUUGCUACCAAGGAGCUACAACGCAACUCCAAGAAAUGUGACAAAGAGGAAAAGACAGAGAAGGCUAAAGUGAAGCAGGCUAUCCAGAAGGGUAAUAUGGAGACAGCCAAGAUCCAUGCAGAGAAUGCCAUCCGUCAUAAGCAUCAGUCCAUUAACUUCUUGAGGAUGAGCGCACGUGUGGAUGCUGUGUCUUCAAGGGUCCAGACUGCUGUCACUAUGAACCAGGUAUCUAAAUCCAUGUCUGGAGUGGUCAAGUCCAUGGAUGCCACACUGAAGAGUAUGAACUUAGAGAAGAUCUCUGCAUUGAUGGAGAAGUUUGAAACCCAAUUUGAAACUCUGGACGUGCAGACAGCUCAGAUGGAAGACACAAUGGGCAACACCACCACUCUGACCACACCUCAGAAUGAAGUGGACACGCUGUUGCAUGAAAUGGCUGAUGAAGCAGGGUUGGAUCUCAACCUGGAGCUUCCUUCAGGCCAGAUCUCCUCACUGGCUUCAUCUGUAGCAUCAACAGAGCAGGAUGAGCUCUCCCAGAGGCUGUCCAGACUGCGAGACCAGGUGUCAUAAUGAUGUCGAAAAUAACAAGACCGGGAAGAGAGAGAAGAGCAGGAGGAGCAAGAAGAGACAGGGAGUCAAAAAAGAAAGUAGAAUGCAGAAUAAAGCAAAAAAGGUGCUACGUGCCUGAAAGUUGUGUGUUGUAGGUUUGUUCUGUCGUGAGAAGUAAAAGAGCUGUCUAACAGCAGAAAAGGAUUGAGAGGAAAACAUUUACAGUCCUGACAUUAAGUGCAUCACAUGCAGUUCUUCCAUAUUAAUCUUCAUCGGCGCACUCAUAUUUAAAAGGUUUUGUGAUUAUUUAUUAGCCCAUCAAUAGGACACUGCUGUGCUGGCAUGUUCUUUAUUUUUAGGUGGUACACCUUAGACAUAUUUCUGAAUGGGAAUUUAUUGCACAAAAAAAACCAAUUGUGUACUACUUAAUAGCCAAUACCUCAUUCCAAAGUUGUUAUACACUAUGUAUAAAGUUCAAAGAGCAAUAUUUAUUAUUUAUUUGUGUAUUUAUUAAUUGCCAGCGUUACUGACUGAGUGUUAAGAGCAUGCUUGUAAUUUAUAUUUUAUAUAUAUUGUAUGGUAGGGCUUAUUGUAAAUGGUUGCCUCGAACAUGCUUUGAAGAAAGCUGGAAUAUCGUUGAUUUUCUGCAUGUAGCGGUAACAACUCUAGUGGCUUGCCGUGCACAUGUAUGCAAAGACAGAGUCAUUAAAAGAGUUUUCAGCAUGU